CCAUUUUCUGGGGGUAAAAGCUAAAUUCUUCUGCUGCCAUAUCCAACGGAGAAAACUUCACAUUGUGCUUCCCAAGUAGAGCUUCUCCCACCCUUUUAUUGUGUUCAUAUAACCCAUUGAUGCAAUUAAUCAUUAGAUUGAAGAUCACCGAGGAAAAUAACCUGAGCAGGGUUUCACUCUCAUUUCGAUUUCCACUUCCAUGCCUUCAUUUUGUGAAUCCUCACGUCGUUCAGCUGCGAGCAUAGCGACCCUACUGAAAGCCUGCAAAAGCAGACAACAUCUUCAGCAAGUGCACGCUUGCAUCAUCCACCGAGGCCUCGAGCAAGAUCACUUCCUCAUUUCCCACUUCAUUGUCCUCUCUCACUCCCUUUCUUCUCUUCCCUAUUCAGACUCAGUAUUCCACCGCGUUCUCGAACCUUCCACCUUCCUCUGGAACAUCCUCAUUAAAGCCCAUUGCCAAAAGAGUCUCUUUUCCCAUACCCUCUUAGCUUUUGUUCGCAUGAAGGCGCAGGGUGCCCUUCCCGACCGCUACACUUACCCUUCUGUCAUCAAAUCCUGUUCAAGCAGGUGCAAGGUCUUGGAAGGAAAAUCGGUUCAUGGGUCCGCGUUUAGGUGCGGUGUAGAACAGGAUAUCUUCGUGGGCACCAGUUUGAUUGAUAUGUAUGGUAAAUGUGAAGAGAUUGGUGAUUCUCGCAAGGUGUUUGAUCAAAUGUCACCGAGGAAUGUGGUUUCUUGGACUGCUAUGGUUGUUGGAUAUGUAAACGUUGGAGAUGUUCUGGAGGCGAAUAAGCUGUUUGAGGAUAUGCCACAGAAAAAUGUGGCUUCUUGGAAUGCAAUGAUGCAGGGGUUUGUAAAGGUAGGGGAUUUGAGUAGUGCUAGGGGCGUGUUUGAUGCUAUGCCUGAGAAGAAUGUUGUUUCUUUUACCACCAUGAUUGAUGGGUAUGCGAAGGCUGGUGACAUGGUUUCUUCGAGAUUUUUGUUUGAACAAGCUACAAACAAGGAUGUUGUUGCUUGGUCUGCUUUGAUGUCUGGAUAUGUCCAGAAUAGACAGCCUAAUCAGGCGUUGAAAGUGUUUCUUGAGAUGGAAUCGAUGAAUGUGAGGCCUGAUGAGUUUGUGUUAGUUAACUUGAUGUCUGCUUCGGCUCAGUUGGGUCAGUUAGAGUUGGCUCAAUGGGUUGAUUCUUAUGUAAGCAAGAGCUCUAUUGAUCUUCCGCAAGACCAUGUAAUUGCAGCACUUCUGGACAUGAAUGCUAAGUGUGGAAACAUGGAAAGGGCAUUAAAAUUGUUUGAAGAAAUGCCUAAACGAGAUCUUGUCUCGUAUUGUUCUAUGAUACAAGGGUUGUCAAUUCAUGGACAUGGGGAAGAGGCUGUGGAUCUGUUCAACAGGAUGCUGAUGGAAGGGCUAACUCCAGAUGAGGUGGCCUUCACGGUCAUCUUGACAGCUUGUAGUCAUGCUGGGCUUGUUGAUGAAGGCUGGAACUACUUCCAGUCCAUGAAGCAAAAAUACUGUAUUAGUCCUUCACCUGAUCACUAUGCGUGUAUGGUUGAUGUUCUAAGCCGGUCAGGGAAUGUAAGGGAGGCUUAUGAACUAAUGAAAUUAAUGCCUGGGGAGCCUCAUGCUGGUGCCUGGGGUGCACUUCUUGGGGCAUGUAAACUAUAUGGUGAUUCAGAGUUGGGAGAGAUUGUUGCUAAUAGACUUUUUGAUCUAGAGCCUCAAAAUGCAGCUAACUAUGUGCUCUUGUCUGACAUCUACGCAACAGCAGAGCGAUGGAUUGAUGUUUCCCUUGUGAGAAGUAAGAUGAGGGAAAAGAGAUUGCGGAAGAUACCUGGUUGCAGUAAAAUUUAGUCCAAGUGAUGUGGCUAAGGCCGCACUUUAUUUUGCUAGUGAUGAUUCAAGAUCCAUUUGCUGAGGCAAAUGCUGAGGACUCAGGAGCUGGGGCAAAAGAGUAUGUUCAUGUUCGUGUUCAACAGCGGAAUGGAAGGAAAAGCCUAACAACUGUUCAAGGAUUAAAGAAAGAGUACAGCUAUAGCAAGAUACUCAAAGACCUGAAGAAAGAAUUCUGCUGUAAUGGUACUGUUGUCCAGGACCCUGAGUUGGGCCAGGUCAUACAACUUCAGGGAGAUCAAAGAAAGAAUGUUUCUACUUUCCUUGUGCAGGCUGGCAUAGUAAAGAAGGAGCAUAUCAAGAUUCAUGGUUUCUAAGGCCUAACCAACAGUGGCAAUUUAGCUUUCAUGUUAAAUAUACAGCCUGCUGACUACAUUUAAUAGCAUCAGAGCAGCAGCCUAUAAAUCUGAAUUCAAGCUAUCAGUCGCAGCAACAUUCUGUUAUAUUGUAGUUAAGAGUUAUACAUAAUAUACUCUUCUAGUUUUUACCUUUUUUGGAAGGUUAUUACUGGGUUUGUGUGUUAAGGAUUAUAUGUCUGCAUCUAUGACUGCUAUCUUGAAUAAAUUUGUCA